UGGGAAAUGAGAGAAAGGAAGAGCCACAGCUCAUGGCAUAUAUUCCCCCAGCAUAACCCCACUUAUGUUUCCAGAUAUGGAGUGAGAACAUAGGACAGGCCAACAACUCCUCCAAAUUAUAAAGAGAACUAUAGCUGCCGCAUAUUGACACAGAGCUCGUCAAAAUUCAUUUCUAUGUUUCAGUUUUCUUGCUCUAUCCCAUCCACAAAACACAAAAGGGUCUGCACAAUAUGCAAAAUCAGAACAUGAAUUUGGUUUUGUCCACUGAUGCAAAGCCCAGGUUAAAAUGGACACCAGAACUUCAUCAAAGAUUUGUUGAAGCAGUGGCUCAACUUGGAGGAGCAGACAAGGCAACACCCAAGAGUCUGAUGAGGGUGAUGGGAAUUCCUGGGCUGACUUUGUACCACUUGAAGAGUCAUUUACAGAAAUACAGGCUAGGGAAAAGCCAACAGUCAGAAUCCUGCACCGACAACAAACAAGAGGAUUACAGAGAUAUUCAGACCACCGAUGGGCACAACUUCAGCACGGAAAUCAGUGAUGCAAGCCACAAUAAGACUAACGAAAGCUUGCAGAUUGCUCAGGCUCUCCAAUUGCAAAUGGACGUCCAAAGGAAACUGCAUGAGCAGAUUGAGGUACAGAGACAUUUGCAGCUGAGAAUCGAAGCCCAAGGGAAGUACUUACAAUCAGUGCUAAAGAAAGCUCAGGAGACCCUUGCUGGGUACAGUUCUUCUUCUCUGGGAGUAGAACUUGCAAAAGCUGAACUCUCUCAGUUAGUCUCAAUGGUUAACUCUGGCUGCCCGAGCUCUUCAAUUUCAGAAUUGACAGAAACAGGAGGUUUGAGUAUAAAAGAUGUUGAGAGGAGACAAAUGAGAGGCACAAUUUGUUCCAUGGAAAGCUCCUUGACAUCGUCCGAAAGCUCCGGGAGAAAGGAAGAGAAGCGGCCAAUGAAAGAGAGUGGUGACCUCCAAAAGUCUAAUUCAACUAUUGAACUUUCAUUAAUGGACAUGCACCCAGGAGAAAAGCAAAGAAGCAUUGAUGUAAGCAAGCAAGCUAGUGGGAGCAAGAGAAGUGGAAGUGCCAUUUCUGAUGGAAUUUGUAUAGAACAAACAGUUGCUAAAAGAUCAUCAAUCCAUAGAGACAAAAGUAAUAAUCAACUGAGAAAAUCUGGAUUAUUGGAGACACUAGAUCUCAACACCCAUUUUCAGCUUGACAUUGAUGCAGGUCCAAAAGCAAUAGACUUGAACUGCAAGGGUAUGGAACAAUGCAACGGUUUGGAAUCUUGAUAAUACAGAUGGUCUUUGGUCAUAUUCUACGCAGAAAACUUAAUUCUUAGAGCUAAGCUUUUGUUUAUAGACUGUAUAUUGUUGUAUGUAUGGACCCCCGGAACUUUUGAAAGUAUAUCCAAAUCAAAAGAAGGAAUUAAUAUAUAUUUUUCAAUA